UCAGUUGAAACAAAGCAUAGUGUUUGUUCAAUUCCAAUUUGAUUCUGUACACUAAUAUUGAUGACGAUGGUGACGACGAUAAGAAGGUUUCUUAAUUUCCAGGUGGCUGCAGCUGCCAUGUCCAUCUUCAUGGCCUUGGUUUCCGACCUAGCCUAUGCUACUGAUCCCAACCCCCUUCAGAACUUCUGUGUUGCCAUCAAUCAGUCCACAGUACCUAACGCCGUGUUUGUGAAUGGGAAGUUCUGCAAGGACCCCAAGGUUGCCAAACCCGAGGAUUUCUCCUUCUCUGGGCUACUAACUCCAAGAAACACGUCAAACCCACUUGGGUCAACAAUCACUUUAGUAAACGUCGACAAGUUACCAGGCAUCAACACUCUGGGCAUCUCCAUGUCUCGCAUCGACUACGCUCCUAAUGGAGGCGUUAACCCGCCGCACGAACACCCUCGAGCCAGCGAGAUCCUUCUCGUCUUAGAAGGCACUCUUUACGUAGGCUUUGUUACAACCAAUCCGGACAAUCGUCUCUUCAGCAAGAUUCUACGGCCGGGAGAUAUGUUUGUGUUUCCAAUGGGUCUCAUUCACUUCCAAUUGAACGUAGGAAAGAGUAGGGCAGUGGCUAUCGCAGCUUUCAACAGCCAGAAUCCUGGGUUGGUCACCAUUGCAAAUGGGUUGUUUGGCUCAAAUCCGAGGAUUGAUCCGAGUGUUCUUACUAGGGCUUUCCAAUUGGAUGAGGAGGUGGUUGACUAUCUUCUCACUCGGGUUUGGUACAUCAACUUGAUGAAAUAGUGAGGAUCAUGCAUGGGACACUUCUUUAAGUGUUAAUUACUUGUUGCCAUGGGUAUUAGGCAGAGAUGUUGGUCUCAUUUUCUGCUGCUACUUGUUUAAAUAAAUGGAUUUUGCCCUGUGCGAUCUCCUCCUCAAAA